UUUAAUAUACAGAAAAAAUGGGUCGUCGUCCUGCUCGUUGUUACAGAUAUUGUAAAAAUAAGCCUUAUCCCAAGUCUAGAUACUGUCGUGGUGUUCCUGAUGCCAAACUCAGAAUUUAUGAUUUAGGUCGUAAGAAGGCAUCUGUUGAUGAUUUCCCUCUUUGUGUUCAUUUGGUUUCUAAUGAAUAUGAACAACUUUCUGCUGAAGCUCUUGAAGCCGGCCGUAUCUGUGCUAACAAAUACAUUGCCAAGACUGCUGGUAAAGAUUCUUUCCAUAUGCGUAUUCGUGUUCACCCUUACCAUGUAACUCGUAUCAAUAAGAUGUUGUCUUGUGCUGGUGCUGAUAGAUUGCAAACUGGUAUGCGUGGUGCUUUCGGUAAGCCUAACGGUCUCGUUGCUCGUGUCAACAUUGGUCAAAUCAUCUUCUCUGUUCGUACCAAGGAUUCUAACAAGGCUGUUGUCAUUGAAGCUUUGAGACGUUGCAAGUACAAGUUCCCUGGUCAACAAAAGAUUAUUGUCUCCAAGAAGUGGGGCUUCACUCCUCUCUCUCGUGAAGAAUAUGUUGAAGCUCGUGCUGCUGGUAAGCUUAGACCUGAUGGUUGUUAUGUUAAGUUCGUCCCUCAAAAAGGUCGUCUCGCUGAUUACUUUAAGGAAGCUUCCAGAGCUUAAAAUAUUUUUUUUUCUUUAUUCAUAUUUCCCUUUUCUCAUCAAACAAAAAAGUGAAUAAAAUUGUAUAAUUAAAGUAAAAGCAGUUGAUUGUAUGAAUAUCUCUUUUCUUUUGUUAAAAUAAAAUGUAUGUAGGUAUUUAGCUAUUUUGUUUAUAGGCCAU